AAGCCUCAGCUCUCACAUCACUUCGGACACUUUCUCGCCACAGGAUCUCAAAUCGUUCUCUCACCUAAAAACCCUAACCCAAAUCUGUAAUUCCCAGUUCGACCCCUUCCUCUCAUCUUUGAAUGAAUUAGAUUCAUUUUCUAGGGGUUAGACUCUCUCCUCAAAUCCUUCAUCCAUGGCAGAAGUCAUGAACAUGCCCCGCGACUCUCUCGACCAGUCCCCCAAGCCCUCCGCCAAUGACGAGCAGCCGCCUCCCCCUCCUCCCCCGCCGGUUCGUAGAAGGGAGAGAGACUCGAGGGACAGGAGGGACGAGAGGGACCUGGAUCGCCCCCCGAACCGCCGCGAUUACCACGACCGAAACAUGUCUUCACCCCCGCCCCCGCCUCCUCCGAGGGAGAGAGACAGGGACUACAAGCGCCGCCGCAGCCCCAGCCCCACUCCCUACCGCGACCGCCGGUACUCUCCUUCUCGACGCUCUCCUCCGCCUUUUAAGCGCUCGAGGCGUGGGAGCCCCCGCGGUUAUGGACCGGACGAUAGGUUUGGCUAUGAUUAUCUUGGUGGAUAUGAACGUGGGAUGGGAGGACGACCUGGGUAUGCUGACGAAAAAUCUCAUGGUCGGUUUAUGAAUCGUUCAGUAGGCACAUAUCAAAAUGGACCUUCUGACUUUGAAUCAAACCGUGCUGGUUAUGCAGAUUCAUCAAACACAGGGAGUACACAACGGGAAGGGUUGAUGUCCUAUAAGCAAUUCAUUCAGGAGCUUGAGGAUGAUAUCUUACCUGCUGAAGCCGAGCGUAGGUAUCAAGAAUAUAAAUCUGAGUACAUUUCUACUCAGAAACGUGCUUUCUUCGAUGCUCAUAAAGAUGAGGAAUGGUUGAAAGACAAGUAUCAUCCAACGAAUUUACUUGCUGUCAUUGAAAGGAGGAAUGAAUCUGCUCGACGGGUAGCAAAGGAGUUUAUGCUUGAUCUGCAGAGUGGAACACUUGACCUAAAUCCUGGUGUUAAUGCUUUGUCAUCAAACAAAUCAGGGCUAGCGAGUGAUCAGAACUCAGAUGAUGAAGCAGAGGCUGGUGGUAAACGACGAAGACAUGGUAGGGGACCAGUUAAAGAAAAUGAUUUUUCAGCUGCUCCAAAGGCCCCCCCUGUCAGUUCUGAGCCUAGACGAAUACAGGCAGAUAUUGAACAAGCCCAGGCCCUUGUGCGCAAGCUCGAUUCUGAGAAAGGAAUUGAAGAGAAUGUGUUACGCAGUAUGGAUCAUGAUAAGACCAGCAGUGAUAAGUCGCACGGUGGAUCUGUUGGUCCGAUUAUUAUUAUACGAGGCUUAGCAUCUGUUAAGGGCCUAGAGGGUGUUGAGCUUCUGGACACACUCAUUACGUAUCUUUGGCGCAUACAUGGUUUAGAUUACUAUGGCAUGGCUGAAACUAAUGAAGCCAAGGGCUUUAGGCAUGUAAGGCCAGAAGGAAAGAGUUAUGAAGAAACAACUAAAUCUUGGGCUGACUGGGAAAAGAAACUGGACUCAUUUUGGCAAGAAAGGCUGAGAGGUCUGGACCCCUUGGAAGUAAUGACUGCAAAGGAGAAGAUAGAUGCAGCAGCUGUUGAAGUUUUAGAUCCACAUGUAAGGAAAAUAAGAGAUGAGAAGUAUGGAUGGAAGUAUGGCUGUGGAGCUAAGGGCUGUACAAAGCUUUUCCAUGCUGCUGAAUUUGUGCAUAAACAUCUGAAGCUUAAGCACCCUGAACUUGUGAUGGAAUUGACUUCAAAAGUGCGUGAGGAUCUUUAUUUUCAAAACUACAUGAAUGACCCAGAUGCUCCGGGUGGAACACCUGUCAUGCAGCAACCUCAGAAGGACAAGCCACAGAGGCGGAGAUUGGGUCUGGAGGGUCGACUGAGAGAUGAUCGUGGCAAUCGGAGGGAUCAUGAACGGAUUGAUAGGGUUAAUGAUGGCGAACGGUUUGAUAGGACUGAUAAUUCCCCUUCCCGUGAUCGACAGUCUAAACCUGGCAUCCUCGAAGUGGGGAAUCAUGACGAGUCAAUGUAUGAUGCAUUCAGCGGGCAGGGCAUGAAUGCUGUUGGCCCCUUUCCCUCAGAUAUUACUCCACCAGUAUUUAUGCCUGUUCCUGGUGCCGGGCCUUUGGGACCCUUUGUUCCUGCUCCCCCAGAAGUUGCAAUGCAGAUGUUACGGGAGCAGGGGGGCCCAUCCUCGUAUGAUGGAAGCGGUAGGAAAAUGCGGCCUGGUCCUAGUAUUGGAGGGCCAACACCAAUUCUUGUUCCCCCUGCCUUUAGACCCGAUCCUCGCCGGAUGCGAAGUUAUCAAGACUUGGAUGCUCCGGAGGAUGAAGUCACAGUGAUAGACUAUCGGAGUUUGUAAAGCCUCAGUAGAUUAGUCUUUUCCCCCAAGUGCAGGACUACCUGGGAUCUCUUCAUCGAAUUAGAGUGAUCUUCUUUUGACAUUAGAAUUGUGUGGCUUCAAUCUGAGAGUGGUAGCUCCUAUUUGUACCAAUAAUUUAUCGCUACUGUUUGUUUUGACUUUCACUUACAGUAUUUGGGGACCUGAGCUGAUGACUUGACAUAUACUACCAGUUUUUUCCAGAUUGUAGGCCGUUAGAUUUCUUAAUUUGCCAUGUUAUCUGGUAAAUAAAGAACAUUAUAGAUUAUUCAA